GCCCCUGUCUGUUACGUGGCAGUUUUACUAGUAUAUAUAGAUGGUCGGUAAGCUGAGAAGCUGUAUUACACAGCGGUAGCCGGUGGAAUCCAAAACCAAUCAGAAAUGCUGAGCCUUCUAGCCCUCGUUUGCUUCAUUGCCUGCGCUGUUGCGGAUCCUGGCUAUUCAGACUAUUGGCUAAACCCUGGAUACAGCAAAGACCAUUAUUCAGACACUUACAGCAAAUACGACGAAGGCUAUGCUACAGGCUACAGCGACUACUACCCAAAGCAUUAUGGGAUGAUCCACAGAGGAAGAAGUAGUGGUGGUUUCGGUGGUGGAUCUGCCUCUGCCGCUGCUGCUGCAUCUGGUCUUCGUGGUUUUGGUGGAAUUGGUGGAGGAUCAGCCGCUGCCGCUGCUGCCGCCGCUGCCUCUCGCUUUGGUGGUCUUGGAGGAGGAUCAGCCGCUGCCGCUGCUGCCGCCGCUGCCUCUCGCUUUGGUGGUCUUGGAGGAGGAUCAGCCGCUGCCGCUGCUGCCGCCGCUGCCUCUCGCUUUGGUGGUCUUGGAGGAGGAUCAGCAGCUGCUGCUUCUGCCGCUGCUGCUGGAAAUGCCGCCGCUGCUGCCGCCGCCGCCGCUGCUGCUAACAAUGUAGCAGUAGGACCGAUCAUACAACCCACUUAUGGCUUUCCACUCUAUGGAUUAAACUUUGGCGCUAGUUCUGCUGGUCUGGGAUUAUUUGGACUAGGAGGGGGUGCUGCAGCCGCCGCUGCCGCUGCUGGACAGGGUGCCGCUGCCGCUGCAGCUGCUGCCGCUGCUUCUAGAAUCUAUAGUGGAUAUAGUGGAAUUUAUGGAUUGGGUGGAAUGGGUGGAUUGGGUGGAAGUGGAUUAGGCCAAUUUUCCAAUGGAUUCAACUUUGGAGGUGGAUCUGCUGCUGCUGCUGCUGCCGCAGCUGCUGGACAAAAUGCAGCCGCUGCCGCAGCUGCAGCCGCCGCUAAUGGAGGUGCUGCGGCUUCUGCUGCAGCCGCUGCUUCUGGUGGAUUUGGUGGUAUAAUGAGCAGUUUGGGCGGUGGUAUCGGUGGUGGUAUUGGCGGUGGUAUUGGCGGUGGUAUUAUCGGUGGUGGUAUUGGCGGUGGUAUUGGCGGUGGUAUUAUCGGUGGUGGUAUUGGCGGUGGUAUUGGCGGUAGACGUGGCGGUCGCAAAACAAAGGUGUAUUAAUUGCAGAGAAGAACCGACAGUUUUAUCAGUUGUAUCAUUUGUAUAAUGAAUGAAAAACUCUAUCCUGUCUCCCUAAUUGUAUGAGUUUGGGAGUCCACGAUAGCUCAUUGUCAAUUGCAAUAAAAGCAUACCGCAAUUUGAA